AUGUCAGGUGUAUCAGGUAUCGACGUGCAGCCAAAUCCACGGUAUCUCUUCCGCCAACCCGUGGCGCUGCAAUGGUUCGAGAAUGGGAAGCUCGUGAAGCGGCAGGAAGAGGAGCGUCAGGCUGGACGCUUCGAACUCUUCCUGGACCUUCUGUAUGUUGCUAUACUGGCCAAUUUCGCCGAGUCGCUGGCUGAGCAUAUCACGGGUGCGCGUCUAGCGAUGUAUAUUUUGAUCUUUGCUCCCUCCUGGCAUGUAUGGAGCGACCUGCGCGAACUGAUGAAUUCGUUCUACAACGACGACCUGCUGCAGCGGGUGCUCAUCCUUUGGGUCAUGGCCGUGCUGGUCGUGUACGGCAACAACGCAACCCUCGUGGACGAGGACCUCGGUGCCAUGCGCGCCACCGUCGCCGCUUACAUGAUUGCGCGACUAUCCUGCAACGCAGCACACCUCUUCUAUUCGUUCGCCAGUUACCAUCACCGGGCCCAGCAGCGACUCUGGUGUCUUCUCGCCAUGCUAGCCCUCUGCAUAUACAUCCCGUUGUACGUGGAGUCCGUGCCGAUUCGUGGAAAGAUCGCCGCCGCGGCCGUGGGCAUCGUGGUCGAGCAAUGCGUCUGGAUAUUUUGCUACUCGCCUGCUGCGAAGAGCGUGUUGAAGGCUCGCUAUACCACGGCCGUGGAUAUUGCACAUGAGAUCGACCGCUUCGCGGCGUUCUAUAUCAUCGUGCUGGGCGAGUUCCUGUAUCAGAUCGUCGUGGGAUCACCGGCGGCCAUCGGUCUGAAUCUGGGUCUGCUGCGCGCCGUUUGGACACUCGUUAUCGCAUUCUGCCUAAACUGGUUGUAUGUGCACAAUGACGGAGCUUUGAAUGGUACUCACCCCAUGCGAUACUCGGUGUAUACAGCGUUCACGUGGAUCUCGUUACAUCUGCCGCUGAGUGCGAGUCUGCUGGCGAGCGGACAUGUGGCGGCUGCCAGCGCGGCCGAGAACCGGUUCGGCGAUGCAGAGCGGUGGUUGCUCUGCGGAAGCUUGGGUACUGGCAUGCUCUGUCUGUAUGGGCUGGCGCUGUUGUUCGAAUGCAAAGAUGAACCGGGCACGUUGAUAUUGGGCAAGCAUCUUCGAGUCAUCAUGCGUCCGAUUACCGGCUUGAUUAUUGUACUUCUCGGCCUCUCCGACUCCCUCGAUGUCACUUCCAUGAUGUCGAUCCUCAUGGCCCUAGUCGCAUUGUGUUUGGUCUGGGAGAACGUUACAUCGCUGCGUCGCGAUGCUCGGAUCUGGGAACGAUGGGAGAACACCGAGUAUCCGGAAGACAGGGACGAUAUCGUGCCCGUCGUCAGAAGGGGUUCUGGAAGCUCAGGGAAUGCAUGA